GAGUGAGCGGAGCUUCCUGGACGGACUCAGCUGAGACAGGAGCUCCUCUAGAGGAGAGGGCCUGACAGGAGAGCCCUGUAGAGCCGCCUGCUGCUGCUGCUGCUCUCACCUCUCUAUCCGCUCACCUAACUCAGGCUCUGGGAGGAAAGCCGUGAAGCUGUUUAAUCAGAGGCAGAUUGUUUCAGCCACACAUGUUCCUGUGCCUCAUAAAUAAGAUCGCUGCCACUGCGGACCUGGAAUCAAGCUGCUCCCUCACCAAAGGCAAGGAUCAUGGGGACUGUAGAUCGCCGGCAUGACCAGCGGAAACCCUAGAAACAACCCCAAUCCUCUUUCCCUGCGUCGCCCUGCCAUGGCCAGCAGGAGUCCCGCCAUUAACCUGGAGGACGAGGAUUCGUCACAGACGAUGGCCGAGGCUGCUGCUGAUGAUGAUGGCUUCUGCAAGCUGUGCCUGAGCCUGCAGCCGCCUGCUGCCAUCAGGGAGCUGCAGAGCUGCAAGUGCAUGUUCUGCACAGCGUGUUUGCAGCAGUAUGUCCAGCUAGCCAUAAUGGAGGGUGGGGGGGCUCCAAUCACAUGCCCAGAUAUGGCUUGCCCUAAAAGCGGAGUGCUGCUAGACUCAGAGAUUGCCAGCUUGGCGUCUCCACAUCAGGCGGAGCUCUAUCAGCGUCUAAAGUUUGAGAGAGGUGGGUAUUUAUUACAUGUCUUACACAGCAAAAACAAUCUAGAAAUAAGUAUGAAGAUUCCUCACAUCGGUGAGGAAAAUCCAGCGGCCCUCAUGCUCUCAAUAACUGUUUUCCUGUUGCACCCUCAUGCUCUCAACAGUGACUCGGACGUGUCCAUCAAGCAGUGCCCGAUGUGUGGCGUGUACAUCGAGAGGAACCAGGGCUGUGCACAGAUGCUGUGUAAGAGCUGCAAACACACGUUCUGCUGGUACUGUCUGCAGAACCUGGAUGGCGACAUCUUCCUGCGGCAUUACGAUAAGGGCCCCUGCAGAAACAAGCUGGGACACUCCAGGGCCUCAGUCAUGUGGAACAGGACACAGGUGGUGGGCCUCCUGAUGGGCGCCAGCCUCAUCGUGCUGGUGACAUCCCCCCUCCUCCUGCUGGCCUCGCCCUGCAUCCUGUGCUGCGUCUGCAAGCCCUGCAGCAGAAAGAAGAAGAAGAAGAAGAAGAGGGACCCCAGCCCCUCAUCAUCAUAGCGGCUUCAGCCCCCAUGUGCCUCUACCAGGAUAACUCCACUAGCCUCCUGAACACCACAGAAGGUGCAAAGUGUUGGAUGAACUUUGGAAAGUAAAGUUUUUGUUUUUCUUCUGUAGAGACCGUGGCCCCUUUAGCGGGCUGCCUUGAUAGAUGAGUAAAAACUUUAAUGUUAAACUUCAGCCGACAGCUGUCCAGUCGUCACUCUGUCUCAGUGUAAAUGUGUGGAAUGUGAGUCCCCCCUUCCUUUUGCAGCGGUUACUUUCCGAUGCAUAGCAGCCUAUAACUGGACAGCGGGUACUGAAUGUUUUGCUGCACAGGGCUCUUUCUUUAACUCUCCUCUGCACACACACACACACACACACACCUUCACACACUCAGAUCAAAGUGCAAAGCCACCCUCAUGUGCCAAACAUCACGAUGCCAAACCAGAGGCGUUAAGGGCUCAAGUGCCUCUCUGUACAGUUCCAGGUGCUUGGUGUGAUUUCUUUUGCCUUCCAUUCUACCUAUACUGUAUCUUAUGCAAAAAAGGAAGAAAAAGAAACUCUGAAAGUAGAAAAUAGUUGAAAAUCACACAGGGCUGGAGGACUUUGGUGAAUAUAUGAUGGUCUUUAUUAAUUGGUGAAGGUAGCAGAUAGCAAAACACUAGCUGUUUAAAAUCUGUGUGGAGAUGAGACCUAGUCAGACGCUGGAUCUGUGUUUCAACCUGGCUUCUGUUCCAGACCAAAGGCUGUAAUAUAGAAUCUAUACUUUGCAAAAAUGUGUUAAUUUAAUAUUUAUGUUUUUUUUUCUGUCUAUUACUGUCUGUCAUUUCUAUGUUACUGUUUAUGUUUCAGCAUUUUCUAAACGCAUCAUUACAAAUAAAAACGUU